UCAACACCUAAACAUCCUACCUAUUUCCCUUAAACGUUGAUCAGACCAAAUCUUCCCGCGUGGGUCCCACAUUUUUCAUCCAUCUUCUCCUCCAAUUUUCCGCUGAUUUCUUCAAAACUUUUCUUCGUCUUCUGCCUCUUCUUCCCUAAGCAAGAAAAAUGGGAAUUUCUUUGAGUAAAAGGCAACAAAAUCAUCACCUCCACCACCACCCUCCUCCGCCACUACCGCCACCGUCUUCUUCCAUUCCUCCGCCCCUCCCUCCUCUUACACCACCUCCCCACCCAAGCUACUCCUUUCCUCCAACUACUACAACACCACCUCCCCCCUCGCAAAACCCCUAUCCUUUACUCCCCCCGCCCCCACGCCAUAACGUGGUCCCGACUUACCCUCCACCACCACCUCCUUCUAAUUCUUAUAAUUACCAUUUCAGUUUCAAUCAUCAGUCCAGUUAUGGUAGUAGUAGUAGGCCUGUAGUCUAUCAAAAUCAUUACCCUCCUUAUUAUCAUCCUCACGGCAAUAAUGGAUGGGGUGGGUUUAGACCUCCGCCAGCGCCGUUGCCGGUGGUGCCGUAUGUGGAUCACCAAAAUGCAAAGAAGAUUAAGAAUGAUGUUAAUGUUCAUAAGGAUACUAUACGGAUUCAACUCGAUGAGCUCAAUAAGGAUUCCCAUUUGGUUACCUUUACUUUUGAUGCCCUUGUUGAUGGAAGUAUCACCAUUUUCUACUUUGCGAAGGAAGGGGCCAACUGCAAAUUCAGUCCAGUAUAUCCUGAAAUCAAGCCUGUUCAAAUACCAUUUGAAAAAGGACUGGGCCAAAAGUUUUGCCAGCCUUCAGGAACUGGAAUUGACCUCGGGUUUUUUGACGUCAAUGACUUAUCAAAGCCAACCCAAGGAGAAGAAAUAUUCCCGCUUAUUAUAUCAGCAGAGUCAUGUUUUCCAUCUACACCAAUAGAUGAGAAGUUUGAUGAGCAAUCACUGGAUAAGUCUCCCCAUGCACAAAUAACUGAAGCUGUGCUAGUGAAGAAUAAUGAGGAUCAUUUCCAAGUGAAAGUGAUCAAGCAGAUUUUAUGGAUUGAAGGAGUUCGCUAUGAGUUACGAGAGAUUUAUGGUAUCAGCAAUUCAGAUGAAACUACCGUCAAUGAUGACGAGUCAGGAAAAGAAUGCGUGAUUUGUAUGACUGAGCCAAAAGACACAGCAGUUUUGCCAUGUAGGCAUAUGUGUUUGUGCAGUGAGUGCGCCAAAGCACUGAGGCAUCAAUCAAAUAAGUGCCCUAUAUGCCGCCAACCGAUUGAGGAACUUCUGGAGAUUAAGGUCAACGAAGUGGCAUCAUAAAGCUGGGAUGUUGUGACAGCCAGAAUUGUAACAAGUCGAAGGUUUGGUUUUUGGUUUAAUAUUCGGCGUGUGAUUGUAUAGCACAGAGAUUGUACAUAAUAUGGUGUGAAUAACAGAAGUUUUGCCAACAUUUUCACCUUUUCCUUAAAGGAAAAUUUAGACACAUCUUUUAGUUAUCCCUUUAUUCUUGAGAUAAUUGGUUUAAGGACACCAAUGUUUUUCCUCUUUUAUUCUCUUUUCAUUCUUAUUUUCAUGCGAUGGAGAAAAAAGGGGUGGGAAUAUUUGUACUACAAGUAAAGUGGAGAAAAAAGGGGGGAAAAGCACAAGAUGAAUCUUGGCUUUGGCUUUACUAAGAUCUUGAGAAGACAAAAGGCUGAAAUGGUGUCUGAAAGUAUAAGGAAUCUGUUUGAAUGGGAAGGAUUGGUCUCUUGUGCAGAAGGGAGACAAUUUUGAAUGACGUUAAAGUAAAAGUGUUGAUGGAAUCAGUGUGCAGAUCCCAAGGUUUCAACAUUUGACGUAUCACUGGAUUAUGUUGUUUAUGUUCUUGACAGUAAAGGAAAAAGUAUGCUUUGGACAUAGCAGUUCAAUUCUGCUUUAAGUUUGGGUAGAAAUUACUUUCCUUCUCCACUUCCUUUUUUUGGUUUUCCACUGCAGAGUCAAAGAUGGAAAAGAAUAUAACGAGUGUGAGAUAAGACACUGAGAAGAACCAAAAGAUUAUGCUUCGUUUUCACGAUAUGCCUCUUUGCUUUUUCUCUUUAUCCACAUGAAAGUCCUCUAAAGCUAUUUUUGUGAUCGUUAUAAUUUUUAUUUUUAUGGAAAGUACUCUUUUAGAGAGU